AUGAAUGCCGUGCCUCACUAUAAGAAAUCCGUAGCUUUGAUAGGCUCACAUUUAACAUUAUCCCCGUCAGCUCUUAUUGCGCUGUCACUGCGGACGUGGUUAUGGAAUCGUGAAAUAUUUUCUAAUAUCCUGAAGAAAUUUAAAUUUAGCAUCGUUUGA